ACGAGCGAUCAUUAUCCGUGGGAAGCAACGACCGUCGACAAGCAAGAGGUGAAAGCGGCGUUCGAGAAUGCCAUCAUCAUCACGGCUCACGGUUAUGACAGAAAGUUCUACGAAGAAUUUCAAGAUAAAUUCAGUCGCGUUACUGGAAUUGUUGGCAGUCACUUUGCUACGCUGACUUACAUGUCUCUGUACGAUGCGCUGUUCCUCUAUGGUCUGGCACUCCGUGAUGCAUUUGAGGAAGUUGGAGGAUAUGAUGUGCAUCAAAACGGGUCACUCAUCUGUGCAAAAAUGACUAAUAGACAGUUUAUGGGUGCAACAGGCCAGGUGCUGAUGAACAACAAAGCUAUUCGCGUACCCAGUUACGCUACUUACCACGCGACGAAUGGAACACUACGAAUAGUGGUAGAACUUGAGGCGAGGAAUGUGGACAACCAGAAUUGUGACAGGAAUCCUGAGCAGUGUUCAGAACACGUAGCUCACGAAGUGAUACAAUCCUACUGGUCAUCAAGCAAUGGUCAAUUGCCAAAAGCAGUCCCUUACUGUGGUUUCACUGGAUCCGAAUGCGACUACACAACGUAUUUCGUCCUUCUCGGUGUUAUGGUCUUCUUGGCUACCAUUUCGCCACUUUCCUAUUUCAUUUACAUAAAACAAAAAGAACGGUUGCUUUAUGACAUGACAUGGCGUAUCCCCAGGGAUAGCAUACAGCUAGUGGAGGGCAAUAAAUCGAGAUCUGAACGCUCUCUGGCAAGCGUAUCACAAAGUUCCGGUUCAUUUUCUGGUAGUCUGGGCUCGAAACAGCUGCUUUCGGCCAAUCAAGCCUUGUCGAAUGGUGUCCGCAUAGCGAUUAAACGCUUCCAGCAAAUGCGAAAUAUCACUUUCCCAAAGUCGGAACUCAAAUUGCUCAAGGAGCUAGGACGUAAUUUCCAAGUGUCGUUCGCAAAGGACGUGGUUAAGGGACUAGUAUUUUUGCACGCUUCGCCAAUAAUACACCAUGGCUUGUUGUGUUUACAAAACUGCUUGGUGGAUUCCAAUUGGACGGUAAAGUUGACAAAUUUUGGAACGGAGAACAUCAUCAGCGAGAAGCUUUAUCACAAUGAAAUCAAAUAUAUUCUCAACGAAGGCGAGGACGAGACUGAUCGGCUCGCUGACAGAAAAUAUGUCCAACAGGCGCCAGAAAUAAUUCGUGAGUUAGUGACACGAAAAACACUCCCGCAAGGGUCGCAGGCGGCCGACAUCUACUCCUUAGGAAUAUCUGAACGCUCUCUGGCAAGCGUAUCACAAAGUUCCGGUUCAUUUUCUGGUAGUCUGGGCUCGAAACAGCUGCUUUCGGCCAAUCAAGCCUUGUCGAAUGGUGUCCGCAUAGCGAUUAAACGCUUCCAGCAAAUGCGAAAUAUCACUUUCCCAAAGUCGGAACUCAAAUUGCUCAAGGAGUUGAAACUCAUCGAAAACGAAAAUCUCAACAAAUUCUACGGUAUCGCGUUCAAUCAACAAAAUGAAUUCAUCGUUAUGUGGAUUUAUUGCACUCAAUAUGUCCAACAGGCGCCAGAAAUAAUUCGUGAGUUAGUGACACGAAAAACACUCCCGCAAGGGUCGCAGGCGGCCGACAUCUACUCCUUAGGAAUGGUUCUCUAUCAGAUCUUGUUCCGAGUUCCACCAUUCCAUGAACGAGGGAAAAGCAUUGCAAAACUCAUGGAGAUGAUAUCAAUGUCAAAUGAAGAUGAUCAGCUGAUUCGUCCAACGUUUCCAUCAUCUCAAGGCAGUGAGAGCUACAAUUUACAGUUGCUUUCGUGCCUUGAGGCAUGUUGGCUUGAACUUCCUGAAAUGCGUCCAAAUAUCAAAAAGGUCAAAACGAUGGUGAACGCAAAUUUACGCUCAACCGGCAAGGGUUCACUUGUCGAUCAGAUGAUGAAAAUGAUGGAGGAAUACACUAGUAAUCUAGAAAACAUGGUUCGAGAUCGGACGGCACUACUUGAAGAAGCACAGAAGCAAGCCGAUCGAUUAUUGAACAGCAUGUUGCCCAAAAGCGUAGCGGAAGAUCUCAAAGUUGGAAAGCCGGUCUUACCUCAACUUUAUACCUGCGCUACGGUGCUAUUUUCUGAUAUUCGAGGCUUCACCAGAAUCUCAUCGACGUCUACUCCUUUACAAAUUGUCACAUUCCUUAAUGACAUGUUCUCCGGAUUUGACGCAAUCAUUGCUAAGCACGACGCUUACAAGGUGGAGACCAUUGGAGACGCUUACAUGAUUGUGUCCGGUGUUCCAAGUGAGAACGGCAACAAUCACGUUCAGCAUAUCGCCGAUGUAGCAUUGAAGAUGAGAUCGUUUGUCUCAAACUUCAAACUGCAACAUCGUCCUGAUGAGGUGAUGAUGGUCCGCAUCGGAUUCCACAGCGGCAGUGUGGCGGCUGGUGUUGUUGGAUUGGCAGCUCCAAGAUAUUGCUUAUUCGGUGAUACUGUCAAUAUGGCAUCGAGAAUGGAAAGCACUGGCGUUGCCAACAAAAUUCAGAUAUCUGAACAAUCACAGAACCUUCUUAAGUGCUUUUUCCAACAAUUCGUCACGGUUGAACGAGGGAAAAUAGAAGUGAAGGGCAAAGGUGAGUGUACCACAUUCUUCCUCGAAGGCAAAAAACCAGCACGAUGA